AUGGAUAAUAAUAACUUUCAAGAUUUGGAAUCUGAAGUCGAGUUUUACAGGCAAAAUCAAGCUAUAGUAGAACAGGAAAUAAAAACGUUAAUUGCGGAUAAUCAAAAACUUUCCCAGCAAGUAGCGAUAUUGUUGAAUGAAAAACUUCAGAAUACUCAGCAAGAGAAUAAUCAUGACAAAGAAUUCGAAGACUUGAAGAAACAAGUUACUUUACUUACAAAGGAAAGAGAUUCCUUACAUGUCCUAUGGCAAACUUCGCAGAAAACAAUCGACGCACUAGAUAAGGAAUUGAAAACUUAUCAAAUUUACGACAGUAGAAAAUAUAAAGGUAACGAAAUGGAAGACAGAAGAAAUUUGGAGCUUAAACUCGAAACAUCUCUGAACGAUUACGUUGAAUUGGAAACGAAAUAUGAAAAGUUAAAACGUGAAUACGACGCAGUGCAAAAUGAUAUGAAAAAUUCCCAAAGAGAUAUACAAAGUUAUAAAGAAAGAGGCAAAGAUUUAGAAAUUAAAAUAAAUGUAGCCGAGAAAAAUCUAGAAGAGUGUAAAAUUAAUUUGGCAGCGGAAAAAAAAGCAAAUGAAGAUUUAAGGCAGCAGUUGAUUGUCUGUCAGAAAGAGAGUGUAGAUAGAGUGAAAAGAGAAGUUGAAGCGAAAUCUAAGGUAGCGGAAGCCCUGCAACUAUUCGAUGUAGUGUCAGCUCAGAAGAACGAAGCUUACCGGAAAAUUGCAGAACUAACCGGAGUUAUAAAUGAUCUCCGACAAAACAUUUCAAAAGUGAAGCAAGAAACGGAAAACAAUCUGAGAGCAGAACUGGAUGAAAUCAAAGAUAAAUGUAACGAGAAAGUGUCGGACAUGUUGGAACAUAUAAGAAGUCUGGACGCUGAGUUAGUUGAAAAAGGAAUGAUUCUAAAUAAAACUCUAAGGGACAAUAAAAUUUUACAGGAAGCAAAUGAAAUAUACAUAAAACAGGAAAAGGAUAACUUGAAGUCAAUAGACCCGAAGCUCGCUUUGGCUGAGCAGAGACUUGAAGCUAUGUUCCAGGAAUUGGUGGCAUCGGAACGUCGUAAUAUACAAUUAGUGUGCGAGAAGCAAUGUCUAGCUAUAGAUAUACAACGAAUACAGGAUAUACACAGCAGAGAGACCAAGCGUAGGGACUGGGAGGAAAACCUACUUAAAACUCAAUGCGAUGAACUCAAACUUCAAGUGGAUCAUCUGCAGAAAUCUCUGAACGAGACACACACAAUGAUAACUCGAUUGCAGACAAUGUUGUCUUCAAGAACGGAACUAAAUCAUAAAAUGAUAUCAACCAAACAGGAAGAAUUAACAGAACUUAACAAACAUUUAGAAAGUCAAAUGGAGUUAAACAGAAAAUGGAAAGAAUCCUAUAUUGACAUGACAUCUAAGUUAAAAAAGAAUUUAGAAGCAUUAUUCAAAGAAAACAACGAUUUGAGGUCAAAGUUAAACUUACCUUUGAUCAGGUCACCUCGGCGCGAUGAAGAAAGUUCCAGCAGUUAAACGUUUGUAAAUUUAAGACCUU